AUGUCAAACAGUACCAACACAGAUAGUGUAGAACUUGAAAUCAUGCCUGAUGGAGAAGCAAGUACGGAAGGGGAUAACCUUACUCAUAACAGAAGACCGGUGACCUUACCAAUAAGGAGAAAUAGCUCGGAGGACACUUUAGAUUUCAGAGAUCCUACUCCUAAAGACAAAAUAUUACUGAAUGUUUUGCAGGAAAAUGAUGGACAACAGCAAACCUCCUCUUCCAAAAGUCCAUUUGCAGACAGACAGAACUUUGUUAGACAAUUGUGUGACGCUUCAUUAUUGGCUGCAAAUGUUUCCCAACUCCGUGUUGUGUUGGACGGAGGUUCAGAUAACACCUAUUACAUUCCAUUACUUUUAAUGAUCGGUUUUUCACUUUUCUUUCACAUCGGGUUUGGUAUGCUUAUGAUUCAUAGAUGGAAAAAGGAAAGAAAGGCUGAAUUGUUUCACAAAACGAAUUACAGUGAGGCAGGUACGCCAUCUUCAAAUGCAAGUGUCUUAACAGAACAAGCAAAUGGAGUGACUUGUUCUUGCUCCUCGUGUUUGACAGUAGAGAGAUGUGACGAAAUCAGCAUGUAUAUCAUGCUUAUUAUCGUUGUUUUAAAUGUUUUUAUUGCAGGACUUGGGUUAUCAGGACCACCGAAAGGUGGAGCUAAUUGAAAAUUUAUUAUAUUUUUUAUGGAGAUUGGAUACUCUAAAACAAAUUCCUUUUACCAUACUUUUAUAUCCGAUUUCAAGAAGAACAAUUUAUUUUCGUUUAUCAUUGUUUGUUAGAUAAAUAAAAAUUAUACAAUGUACUAGA